CUCAACACAACAUCAAUACGUCCACGAGUCUUGCCUCAUAUCCUGGCUCAAUCUCAUAUCUUCCCCAUAUCAGACGUGUUACAGAUACUUCAUUGUUGGUACCCAAUUUCCGCUGCUUUCCUUGACUACUUAUCCCUCCUCCCCAAGACUCUGUUAUCCCCAGCAGCCAUGGCUAGAUAUGAUAUCUCUGCUCUCAUGAGCAUGCGCUCCAAUGCACGGAUUGAUGUCAACAGAUUCAGUGAAGUUGGCAGCAAGUUGCUCCGUCAGCACAGUACGAGCGUUUUGUCCGAACAGCCCAUCAACCGGUCUAGGAACGUGUCGAGUUUCUCGCGUCAGAGUGAGAGAACCAACGCUCCCCCAGAGCCUUCUUUACGAUCUGCUGCGCGUCAGCCAAGUGAUCCGCCCGGCGGUCAUCGUGCACAGAAGGACUCUGGCUUUGCACGAUUUCUCAAAGAACAUACGUCUCCCAAGCAUCAACGCGUCACUGCUGGCGGUCGGAUUGUUCCUAUGGAGGCACCUCCGAAGAUGAAACUGCCCAGCUUUGACCAGCAGCAAAACGUCGGCGAUGGCACGAGAGGCUUUGCUGCGUCAAUUGCUGAGAACCAAAACAAUGCCGAGCAUGGAACAGUGCCACCCAAGGACACAUCUUUUGGUUCCGAAGCUUUCAAGCAGGAUUCUCAGUCUGCUGGUUUGCCGGUGAGUUACGCGUUUCCACCAUAUGGGAGCUUUGAUCCGUACUUGCAAAACCUGGGACAGACACCCAAUCUUCUAUCGGCCGCAGGGUACGCGGGACUGUGCUCCUCGCUUGGUGUACCAUGGCCACAUGAUAAUCAGCAGCUUGAUUCUGAGCUACAGCCGCCGGAGUAUCAUAUCCCUGCUGCGCCGGAGUAUCCGAUGCUCAACUAUGCAAAUCCAUGUGUCUGGCACCCAAGUCUCUACGAUGCCCUGGACACAUCAAGCUCGCUACCUACCUUUUUGCCUCCCCCCCAGCCACAUCCGGCCAUCUCAACGCCAUCGGGCUUUUCAACGGGCAGCAUCGCUAGCAGUGGAGGCGCUACGCCUCUGUUGAGUCCGUUCUACCCAGGAUACGGCAUGUCCUUGACACCGUCGGGACUUCAGUGGCAUCAGCUCAUCCACGGACAAGCACCGAUGCAAGCCCCGCAAGUUGUACCUGCAGUGAUCCAGACUCCAUUGUACCAGAAGUCCCUCGAUGAUGCCACCAAGGAGCACGACAAUCUAUCAGCUCAGCUGUCGCGCCUGGACAGAUAUAUGGCAAUGCAUACCUGGGACUUAGACCCCCAGACCAAGAAGCUGUUGGUCGAACAACGUGUCGGCUUGGUAAAGGAAUUAGACACAGUCCGGAUCUACCGAGAACACCUUGAAUGGGCGUCUGCGAAGAUCAGGAUGAACGCGCUGAGCAGCCAUGCUGGCAUGUCAGAUUCCACAUCUUCUACUGGAUUGUACCUUACCGGCAAUAUUGCGAACAAUCAAGCAUUGUUUGGACAGGCUUUGUGCACUUCCAAUUCCGAUAGCGCAGCCCCAACGUUUGUCACACCAGCAUUAGCAGCGGCCUUCCCACCACGACUGUCCAGUAACGAAACAGGGAGCUCAACACCGAUGCCAUCAAUGCCAUGGCACAGUUCGACAGAUUAUCCCGGCAGUUUCCACAGCUUAAUGUUGCAAGAGGCAAAUGCGAGCUGUAAACCCCCCACACAGUCACAGAGACUAAAACCGAAGCGCCCGAUCGCUAUCAAGGUACCGCCCAUAAAUCCCAAAAAUGAGAUCACGUCCGACAAAGAGACCCGAGGAGCGAAACCCAAUGAGACAGAAUGGAGACCUUGUACCAAGGAGCUUUCUUCGGAGGUAUAUCAGGUAUAUUGCCAUCUUGAGAAGAUUGCUCGGCAAGGUGCUUCCAUUGACGCCCUGCUUCAGGAUUUGGAACUAGCUGCUGAGCAACCGACCAAGCCGAUCCCAGAUGGAUAUUAUCGACCGACGUUCCCGGCAACUGAUGCAACAGCCAAACAAAGACCAACCGCUCAAGCGACUGAGGGUAUCGAGGCCGUGAAGUCCAAGUCCGCAGAAUAUCCAGGGCCAGAAUACACGAGGCAGCGUUCCAAGGAUCCCCGUAAGUCCCGUCAUCGGCCUCGAAGCCACGAAGAUGUGAACAAGAGUCCAAUCGUUGCGGAGGAAGAUGAUGCCCACUCUAUUCUCUCUUACGUCUCGACCACAGACUCGUGGGCUACUGUGCAUGAAAGAAGCUACAAUUCCCACAUGAGAGACUUCGGCUGCCAAACGAGCUUACUGAAGCGAGGUCUUGCACAUGAGAGGAGCGCCAGUCCCGUGAAGCGUCCUGCUACCCCCCUUUUUGAGAUUCCCAACUCCGUGACCCAGCUUACUCUUAUAUCCGGUAAUGGUGAUAUAGGCAGUUCCAGAACAGCGCAUCGACGAAGUGGCCCUGCCCUUGCAGACGACCCUGUACAAACUGGACAACGAAGCAAUGUGGAAAGUGUGAAGUGUUCCUACUCGCCGCUCCUUGCACCGUGUCUGAUCAAGGACCGCGGUCUAGCUGGACCAAAGACGAUGGCCUUGGCUGUCCCCCAGAAUGUUCAUGUGCAUGGCAUUGUGCCUCAUAUAGACCGGGUGGGUGAGGGGUCUCGGAAGUGCAGGACAGCCCCAAUGGCUGGACAUGAUUCUGGAUCCGAGUGGCAGGCGCGUCAACUGCAUGAUAUCAAGCAGAAAGGCAGUCUGUGGUACAAACCAGACAGAGGGAUCGGAACCUAAGGCUUAAGAAUGUUGCUCGGUUGGCAACUUAGGCUAGGAUCUGAUUCAUCUUCCCUGGAGGUCGCAGUGAUGGUUUGUGUGAAGUCGUUGCUUCUGUUCGAGUCCAGUGAGACAUGACGACAGACAUAGGCUGGGACCAGAUUGGCGGUGAGGGUGAAACUG